CCGAGAGUUGUCAUCCUCACUACACCUGUGCUGCCGCCUCCUGGACGGACGCGACUCCUUUUGCAGCGACUGUACUAUAAGUGAACGGACAGCCUAUGAGCCCCACUCAAAGCGAGAGAACCACACACAAGGAGCGGGAUGGCGUGGAUACCAGCGCUGCACAUCCGCGUCCUUCUCGUGGGUUUCUCCCUGACCGGGUGCCUGGCACUCCGGGCGGGCAAAGGUGAGACGUCGCCUGACGAGGAGCGGGACAGGGAGAGCGACGCGGAGACGCCGUGCGAGGUGAAAACCGUCACCGUGUCCACCCUCCCCGUGCUCCGGGAGAACGAGUUCAGCUUCACCGGCGGAGCCUCCGGGAGCGUGGUCGGAGGAGGAGGAGGAGGGAGCGCUGCUUCUGCUUCGGCUGCUGCUGCUGGAGCAGGUGGUGCUGCUGGUGGAGGAGGAACCGGAGGAGGAGGAGGAGGUGGAGCGGGGGGAGGAGGGGGCGAAUCCCGGCUGCUGUUAUUCGUCCGCACCGACCUACCUGGCCGAAUUUCUGUAAUGGAUGAUCUGGACAACACGGCUCUCCCCUACUUCACACUCGAGAUGUCAGGUACAGGAGAGGAGAUUUCCCAGGUGCACUGGAAGCAGCAGUGGUUGGAAAAUGGGACGCUGUACUUCCACGUGUCCAUGACCGAGCCUGAACUGAUGGCACAGACGACACAGCCCACAGCUCGGGAACCAGCUCAUGCACUGCAUGAACACAUGCAUCUGCUUCACAUCUCAGUUAUGGGGGGACUCAUUGCCCUUCUCCUUCUAAUUCUCCUCUUCACCCUUGUCCUGUAUACCCGUCACCGAUGGUGCAAGCGUCGCCGGAUCCCCCAAAAAAGUGCCAGCACAGAAGCCACCCAUGAGAUCCACUACAUCCCCUCCGUCCUGCUUGGUCCGCAGGGCCGUGACAGUUACCGGGGCACCCGGGGCACUCACCAGCAUGGUAGCUCUGUAAUUGGAAUGCCCAUUCGCGAGACUCCCAUUCUUGAUGAUUACGACUGCGAUGAGGAGGAUGGAGGCGGACACUCACUUAACUCCACGCCCAAUCAGCUCCACAACAAGUUCAAUGAUGGGAAGGUUCUGGAUGAAUAUGGAGUUAACGUUGGCAUUGGAGGGCAUGCAGACAUUAUGCACAAGGAUGACAAUAUCAAACAUAACUUUGAUAAAACAGCUAUCGACACAAACACUGACUCGAUAGAGGAUUUGAUGCAGAGGUUCCAGGACAGCUUUCGUGUUCACAACACACCAACCAACAUGUCUCAUUAUGAGCAUGCCGUGCACAGCUCAUCGACAGGCCGGCGGAGGGUCUCCAGCCACACCAGAGUGACUGGAGGGGUGUAUGGUCCCCAAGGGGAAUCAAGCUCAGAACCUGAAGAUGACAAUCAAAUGAAGUUUUAUACAGAGCAGAAUAGAGGACGAAGGCGCAGCAAAGGCCACUCACAAAGUCCUCUGAAUAAGGUCACCCUGACACUGAUUACCAUCAGCACAUGUGUCAUUGCCAUUGUCUAUGCUACACAGGACUCCUGCCCCCUCACCGUCAAGGUUACUCUCCAUGUGCCAGAGCAUUUUGUUGCAGAUGGAAGUAGUUUUGUGGUGAGCAUGGGCAGCUUCCUGGAUGUCUCCAAUUGGCUAAAUCCAGCUAAGCUAACGCUUUACUAUCAGACCAAUUCGUCAACUCAGUGGGUCCAUGACUACUGUGGCCAAAGAACCACCGAGCCCUGUGAACAGAUCUGUGACCAGGAAACAGGAGAAUGCAGCUGUCAUGAGGGUUAUUCUCCAGACCCUGUCCAUAAACACCUUUGUGUUCGUAGUGACUGGAGUCGCAACGAAGGUCCUUGGCCAUAUGCUAACUUGGAGAAAGGCUACGACCUAGUCACAGGAGAGCAGGCCCCAGAGAGAAUCUUCCGAUCAUUCUACAGUUUGGGGCAAGGAUUGUGGCUGCCAGUAAGCAAAAGCUUUGUUGUGCCACCAGUGGAGCUGUCAAUCAACCCCAUCGCCAGCUGUAAGACAGAUGUGUUGGUUACCGAAGAUCCAGGAGAGGUCAGGGAAGAGGCAUUGAUGUCCACGUACUUCGAGUCAGUGCAGGACCUGUUGGCAUCUUUUGGGCCUGUCCGUGACUGCUCCAAAGACAACGGUGGCUGCAAAAAAAAUUUUAAGUGUGUAUCUGAUCGACAGAUGGACUCCUCAGGAUGCAUG